UCCAAUUCAUUUUGUUAUAUUUUUAUACCACAGGUUCGACUUGGAUGGCAUGAUUCUGGAACCUAUGACAAGAACAUUGAAGAGUGGCCACAACGAGGUGGAGCUGAUGGAAGUUUGAGAUUUGAUGUAGAACUUAAACAUGCGGCUAAUGCUGGUCUUGUAAAUGCAUUAAAUCUUCUUCAGCCUAUCAAAGACAAGUAUCCAAGUCUGACAUAUGCGGAUCUGUUCCAGUUGGCCAGUGCAACAGCUGUGGAGGAGGCUGGAGGUCCCAAAAUCCCAAUGAAAUAUGGACGAGUUGAUGUAUCUGGACCUGAGCAAUGUCCACCAGAAGGGAGGCUCCCCGACGCUGGGCCCCCAUCGCCUGCUGGUCAUCUACGUGAUGUUUUCUAUCGGAUGGGGUUGGAUGACAAGGAAAUAGUUGCAUUAUCUGGUGCACACACAUUAGGGAGGUCUAGACCAGAGCGCAGUGGCUGGGGAAAACCAGAGACUAAGUACACUAAAGAUGGUCCUGGAGCACCUGGAGGACAGUCAUGGACUGUUCAGUGGUUGAAGUUUGAUAAUUCCUACUUCAAAGAUAUAAAAGAGAAGAGAGAUGCAGAUCUGCUAGUUUUGCCAACUGAUGCUGUUCUGUUUGAAGACCCAUCAUUCAAGGUGUAUGCUGAGAUAUACGCAGAAGAUCAAGAUGCAUUUUUCAAGGACUAUGCUGAAGCACAUGCCAAACUCAGCAAUCUGGGUGCCAAAUUUGACCCUCCUGAGGGUUUCUCGAUAGAUGAUGGCCCAGUGAAGCCUGAACCAGAAAAAUUUGUGGCAGCCAAAUACUCAUCUGGAAAGAGGGAGCUGUCUGAGACUAUGAAGCAGAAGAUUCGGGCAGAGUAUGAAGCUGUUGGUGGAAGCCCAGAUAAACCUCUUACGUCAAACUAUUUCUUAAACAUCAUGAUUGCAAUUGCUGUUUUGGCUAUUUUGACAUCUCUUCUUGGAAACUAAAUUGGAUUUUUUGUUUCUACAUUUCGGUUUCUUUAUAGAAAUCAUUUUUUGUUCAUUAUAUCUUCUUCUCCUAAACCCACCACUAGCCCAUCUCCAAGGCAAUGUUUGGUUGUUUAGAAUGAUAUGCAAAUACCUGAAAAAAGUGAGUUUUCAAAGCAACACUGAUCAUGGGUAUUUUCGAUUGAAUUUUUUUUGUUACUUUGCUGGACCACUGAAUGUAACCUGGAAGAAAAGAAAAGAAAAGAAUCCUAAGAAACAUGAGGUGCUACUGAAGGUGGAGUUAUUUUAUUCCAUGAAUAGAUUUGGUUUCAGUUAACUUCUGUA